UUGUUUAUUUUGCUAUAUCUAACAAUUUGUAUAAAUUUAUAAAAAUGUCUUUAACAACCACUCAAAAUGAACCUUCGAAAAAGAAAAAAGGCGAAAAUCUUAUGCUUAAAUUUGCAAAUGAGUUGGAAGUGCUUAGGGAUGAGAGAGUCCAGGAGGAGCGUAUAAGGAAUUUGGACUAUUCCUUGACAAUACCAAUAUCCUUACGCAAACGUGUGGCUGAAAUAAUUCCCUACGAAUAUGACAAAUUCGAUAGAAACGCCUUUGCGGACAUCUCCAAAUUAAUUCAAAAGCCAUGCGUAGAUAAGCUUCACAGAGGGCCAUUACAUAAGAAAACUAAAAGGGCACCAUCUGUGUUUGCGGAAAGCUCGUGCUCUGAAAUAUUAAAGUUGGAAGCUGAAGAGAAGAAGUUUAGACUCAAUAUUCCACCAAAACCUGAAUUAUUUCGAAAAAAGAAAAAAAAAAUAAACUGGGAGACUCAGUACUUAAAAAAGGAGCGCAGAGACCGCGUUAAGUGGAACACUAAAAUUUAUGAAUUGGAUACUAAAUUAGAGGAUUUGUCAUUGGAUGUGCAGGCCGAAAUAAUGAUGGACGCUGCAGCAGAAAAGUUUAUAGCCUGGUUUAAUAAUAUUGGCAGCCAGAGGGAUAUCAUGACCGUUGAAAAAAUAAAACAAUUGUUCGCGAUUGAAGCUGAGAGAUUCUUCAUACAGUCGAUAUAUAUUGAGCCCAAAGAAAUCAAGUCUAUUGCUAAAAAUGUUGCAGAAAGGUGGAAUAUGCCAGAGUUGGCAGUGGAAACGCAAUUUCUGCAAUAUCUUGAGGAUCGUAAAAACUACGUACCACCAAAUAUACCUAAAGUUGCUUUUGGUAGGUCGCGCCCACUUAAUGAAUUGCCAUGGGUACAACAUAAGAAGGACAUUCCAGUUAAAACUUGCUUCUCUGAUCUCAUACUUUCGUAUAGGAUUGUGUUCGCCGGGAUUACUCAUUUAAGCACAGUCAAAUUAUUAGUUGAUUUUUACAAACUUCGUCCACAUUUGGAAGUGCCUGAAUAUUUGCUUAAGUGUGGUGUUUUUGAAGAGGUAGAGGAAAAAGUGGAAGUUAGAGUUGGUAAACCGCUUUACGAAACAUUGCAUUUGAAGUAUUAAAUACUCAAAAAUAAUAUAUUUAAUUAAUGUUUAG